CUACACCCCCUCCUUCCGAGAGUAAGGAAACCGAGAAGAAAGCUGCAGUGGCGUCGUCGAGCGUCUUCCGCUACCCCCGGAAGAAAGCCGAGUUUUGGACAACAUCGCAUCCCUUCCGUCUCGCGCUGGACGGCUUUACCCCACGGUCGUCUCGGUCGGUGACCUGAAUGGGUCCAUCAUGCCCCUGUUCUCAUUCUGACUCGGGAGCCCAUCCGGAGUUGCCGAGCUUCCCGGUUUUCUCUGCUGGAUUCUCUACGCCGGUACAACUGAAGAAGGCAGCACCGCUUGAAUACAACGAAGAGCAGCUGAGCGCGUUGCAUGGCUAUACGAUCCGCGUAUGCCGUGUCCUCAUACACAAACCCUUCAGCUGCCCUGUCGACAGUCUUCCGUAUCUCCUUGCUCCCCUGAGCAGUGGCUUCAACCUGUACGCCGCACAGCACCGCACCUCGGCCGACUUGCAGGUGGACGCGUAUAUCCCCUGGGAUGCAGUGCAACUGGCUGCAGACGAGUUCAUCGUCCCCCUUGUACCGAAUAGCAACACGUCUCAAAGCGACUUCGCUGCGGAUGCCGUCGUUCAGGACCGGAAGGUUGAGUUCACGAACCGAUACUUCAUUACGAAGAUCAGACGAGACAUGACGCCCCUCAGCAAAGUGGAGGAUAGCCCGCGAGAAGCGGACUAUGCAAACUUCGUGGCGUAUUGCAUGGACAGGAUCAAGGACUUCCCGGGUCUGCAGAACAUUCGGCAGCCUAUGGUGGAAGUGGAGGUGGUACCCACGAUGAUCAACAACCUCAAUCCUACCUCGAGGACAGUAACAACAGGGUCCAAGUUCCCUGCCAAAUACCUCAUCCCAGAGCUCUGCCAGAAGCUCACGAUACCCGCUAGCGUUCUCCGGACGAUGCUCCUACUACCAUCUAUCAUACGCAGGAUCGACGACCUGCUGGUCGUCAAGGAACUCAACUCGAAGCUCUUCGACAACUCGAUCCGUGAACACGAUCUCCUCGCAGCUCUCACCUCACCAGCGGCUAUCGCAGAGCGCGACUACGAACGUCUCGAACUGCUCGGUGAUGCCUUGCUGAAAUACGUCGCCUCGGUCUACCUCUUCGUCACCAUGCCCUCCGCGGGCGAGGGUGACCUGCACAUGAUCCGGCAGGACAUCGUCUCCAACAAAGCCUUGCUCAACUGCGCGAGCGAGCUCGGCUUGCCUCCGUAUAUACACAGCAAGCCAUUCGUCGCGAAGGUGUGGGAGCCCGUCGUUCAGCAGUCGGCUAGCGAACCGCCGACACCUAUCGGAACACCGAGUAAUACAGCUACCGGCAACAACGGGGAAGGGCCGCCCGCAAAACGCAGCAAGAAGCAGAAGCAGAAAGACGAGCAGGACUUCCAAUGGAUAGGCGACAAGACGGUGGCCGAUGUUGUGGAGGCCAUCAUCGGUGCCGCCUACCUGAGUGGCGGGCAGCCCGUCGCCCUCAAGGCCAUGAAGACCAUGAACAUCGCGAUCCCGUCCAUCGAGCAGUGGACCGACUUCGCGCGCAUCAUGGGCCGGUCGCCGGCGCCCGCACGGAACUUCGUACCGCUCGUGGAUGUGAAGGCGCUUGAGGCGAUCGUCGGGUGCGAGAUCAAGAACCGAGACCUCUUCGCGCAGGCUUUGACGCAUUCGUCUGUUCAUGGGCCUGGAUAUACGGGUUACGAACGGUUGGAAUUUGUGGGUGAUGCUAUCCUUGACUUCCUUGUCGCUCGAUUCGUCUACGACAGUUAUCCUACGCUGGCGCCGGCGGGCCUGACCUUGCUCAAGAGCGCUAUGAUCUCGAAUGAAACGCUGGCUGCGUUCUGUGUCGACGUCGGCCUGUAUCACUCUUUCAGACAUGCGUCGCCUGACGUGGGCGCGGCCAUCAGCGCGUACGUGGACAAGGUCGAGAAGGCGAAGCGGGACGAGUACGCGUCCGCGGAGCAGGACGGCAGGCUGCCCGGCCAGUACUGGCUAAGCACCAAUCCGCCGAAAGUGCUCUCGGACAUCGUUGAGUCCAUCGUAGGCGGGCUGUACGUCUCAGACGACUUCACGGAAGCUGGGGUGGUCAAGUUCUUCGAAAGCGCGCUGAAGCCGUUCUACGAUCGCCACAUCCGGAUGCAGACGCUGUCUUUACACCCGACAUCGACGCUGUUCGAUCUGCUGUAUUCAUAUGGAUGUCAGCAACACCAGAUCAUCAAGGACGAGGAUGCCAGACCGCGACGCUGUGACGUGAUGGUACACGACGUCGUCCUGGCGAGCGCUGAAGACCACAGCAUCGCGUCUGCGUCUCGCCUGGCGGCAGCGUAUGCAAUCGACGCCCUGGACGGAGAUCCCGACUUCAUGACGCGGACGUGCGACUGUCGUGCGGCACAGCAGAGCAAGAAAAUCAAGAAGACGCAGAAAGCUCAGCUUGGCUACGAGUGAAGGGAUCGGCGCGAUGCUGAAGACGCACUCAGUGCUGGAUUGUGCAUAUCCUA